AUGACAGCGAAAACAUUUACCUUUAAAUAUGACCCUAAUAGUAGCAUUGAAAGAAUGUUUAAUGAAUUUAAGCAAGCGGCCGAAGGAAAACUAGUCUCAGUUAAACCUGAUGAAAUUAGUUCGCCCCACAUAGAAGCUUUGCUAGAAAGCAUCAAUAAAAAUAGUAAGAUUUGUGGAUUUGAAGUAGAAAAAAUUUUAUUUUGCCACAUUGAUGAGUUAGAUUUGGAAGAAUUGCGAAGCAAAAAGUCUCCACAAAAGCCCGCUAAUCUAAGAUUUUAUAAAUAUGAUUUGGUGAUUAAUAGACAACACUUCACUAAAUUAGAAAUUAGUCCCUAUUACGAAAAGCAUAAUCAAGAAUAUUUAGAAGCAUUAGAGAAAAAAGGAAUUAAGUUAUCAGAAAAAGCAUUAACCGAAAAGUUAAUCACUGAUGAUUUAAUUAGAAAAAUACUGGUUCCGUAG